GAGUUCCGAGGCUUCCUCGGCAACGCGGAAGCGCGCAGCAGCUGCCUCGCCGAGGCAGUGGCCCAGAUCCGCAGCGACAUCGAGACGGGGGCAGCCCUCGAGGAGCCGGCGAGGCUCAGGCGGCUGCUGCUGUGCACCUUUGCUGACCUCAAGAAGUAUCACUACAGCUACUUGCUGAGCCUCCCGGCUCUCCGCUUGGCUUCGCCCUGGGCCUGGCGGCCUGGGGGCCGGACGGAGGCGGUCUUGAAUCGCUCAGAGGUGGUGCAGCUCGCGCGAAGCCUCCGUGAGGACCCGACGCAUUCGGGCGUGCGGCUGCUGGUCCGGGGUGAGGAAUGGUCCGUCCAGCCGCUUUCAGAGCUCCUGCGCCUGAAGGGCCUGGCGCCGGAAGCCUUGAUCCUGGCUUUCGCGGACCCCGCCUCGGACGAGGCACCUGGCUGGCCUCUUCAGAACCUCCUCGUGCUGCUGGCCUUCCACCGCCCGGGGAAAUACCGCAUUCUCGGCUUCCGUGACCCGCAGCUGGCUGCAGGUUCACAUGGCUACAACGGCACCACAGGCUCAGCACCCUUGCGGUCGCGGCUCUUCGACGUCGACGUGCCGGCAGUGGAGGUUAAAUUGUUGCCUGCUUCUGUUGACUUGUGGGCGCAGAUUGCCUGGUAUGUCCACUUGCCACGCGCAGCACUCGCCAUUCCGUCCGUUUCAAUGAUCUGGUUCGGGCUCCUGCUUCUGCCGUUGAUGGCUUGCUCCCUCCAGCAUGGAAUCGUGGUGGGCAAGGGAAUCGGUGUGGGCAAGGUUCUGAAGCCGGAGGUGCAGAGCUUCAACUUGGAUGAGUUGUUACAUGGUGGAGCUCUGCCACAGGGCAUGGGACCCUGGACGACGGUGUUUCAGGCUUUGGGUCGCGGAAACCGCAUGCCAGCGGAUGAGUUGAUGAACAUCAUGGACAUGAGUGGCGUGAGUGGCGAGCUCUCCGCGGCUUACAUCGACCCGCAGUUGAGGACCAUUCAGAAGUUGAGCAAUGACACCGGGAUGCUCAUGAAGGCCGUGCACCAAGACCCCCUGGUGCAACAGCUGGCGGCGAUGGACCCGGCGAUGUCCAAAGUCAUCAGCAGCCCAAGUGCCUUGAAGAAGAUUUUCAGUCCCGAGCUUUUGGACCAAGUGCAGCACGGGGAGAUUCCGGACGAAAGUUGGAUGCAAACUAUCCUGAAUUCGGCCGACUCUGACGGGACUCCCCGCAAGGCGUCCAUGGCAUCGCCUGCGAAAGCACCCGCCGCCUUGGUGCUGGAGAACGGGUUGAGGCUGAAGCAGGUGAGGCCAGGAGACGGGCAGCACUUCCCGCAGCAGAAGGAUCUUCUCUCCGUGCGGUACGCAGGAUACCUGACGGAUGGCACGCUUUUCGACCACGGCCAGUUCGGCUUCGAGCUCGGCGCUUCAGAGGUCAUCCGAGGCUGGGAGAUGGCCUUGCCCCACAUGAGCCUCGGCGAGCGUGCUGCUCUGCAGGUGCCGGCUGCCCUUGGCUACGGGACUGCAGGUAAAGGCCCUAUUCCUCCCGGGGCCGACCUGAUUUUCGAUGUCGAACUUCGCAGCAUCAACAAGCUGGCAGCACCAGCGGUGGCAGUGAAAAUUGCGACUACCGACCUCACCCGGUUUCUCGAUUCCAAAACCGUCGCAGCAAACGCAGUGGAUCUAAACAUCAAGCUGAUGCAGUGGCGAGUGCUGCCGUCGUUGCAGCCGGAGAAAAUGAAGGAUUUGCGGAUCUUGCUCCUCGGUGCUGGCACCCUGGGCUGCGGGGUGGCCCGCGCACUGAUGGGCUGGGGCUGCAGGCGGAUGACCUUCGUGGAUGCGGGCAAGGUGUCCUACUCCAACCCGGUCCGGCAGAGCCUUUUCACGCACAGGGACGCCGCAGAGGGGCGCAAGAAGGCGACUGCGGCUCGCGAGGCUGUCGAGGCCAUCCUGCCUGAUGCAGAAGUCGCGGAUGUUGUCCUGGACAUCCCGAUGCCUGGUCAUCCCCACCAGUCAGCAGAUGUUCUCCGCGGCAACCUCGCAAAGCUGCAGGAGCUCAUAGACGCGCAUGAUGUUGUGUGCAUGCUAACUGACUCCCGAGAGUCUCGGUGGGUCCCAUCCUUGCUCGUGGCCGCACAGCAGAAGGAGAAAGAGUUUCCGCCCUUGGGGCUGACGGUUGCGCUCGGUUUCGAUUCCUUCUUGGUUUCCAGGCAGACCUACAAGAGCGCAGUGGCUGCCUGCUACUUCUGUAACGAUGUCACCGCUCCUGCCGACUCCCUGGCAUUCAGGACUUUGGACCAACAGUGCACAGUGACCCGCCCGGGCAUCUCGGGUCUGGCGAGCAGCGUUGCCGUCGAGCUUCUGGCAGCCCUAACACAACACGAGGCGGGCUUUGCGGCCCCCUCCUGGACGGGAUUGGAGAACCUCUACAGCUCUCCUCUGGGAGGGGUUCCACACCAGGUUCGCGGCUAUGCAGCUGAGUAUACCUUGUCCCCUGUGGAGACAGAGCCCUUCUCACGCUGCAUCUGCUGCUCCCCUCAGGUGCUGCAGCGCUACGCCGACGAGGGGAUGUCCUUCCUGGAGAAGGUCAUUGCCGAUUCCUCGAUCCUGGAGGAGAUCUCUGGUCUCGCGGAGAUGAAAGCCGGACUGCGUGAGCACGAAGUAGAGGCCUUCGACGACUUUGAUGAUCUCUGA